GCUAUAUAACUGUCUUAUAAAAAAUAUUGCUCUUUACGAAAUUGCUUACUACGACAUACCGCAUUAAAUGACCACAUUUGGCUAAUGUUUUCGAAAAAUUAUAUCUGUAGAACAACCAGCUGAUCCAUAUUGUAAACAAUUUGAAUAGGGACAGUGUAAUUAAUGGUCAAUGGCUAUUAUCGUAAAAGUAAACACGUGUCGAGUUUAGGCACAAAAGGUUUAGGGUCUUUUGUAAUUCUUAGAAAGAAAACACACGCAUUUGUACACAAGACGCACCAAAACACAGUAUUGAGUUAAUUGUGAAACUGUCAACAUGUCGGGAGCAAAAGGAAAGCAGAUUAAUAUCGAAGAAAAGUCGCGUAUUAUUUCAAAGUUAGAGAGCGGAGUUCCAAAUAAAGACUUAGCAAAAGAAUAUGGCGUAUCACACUCGACAAUUUCCACCAUUUGGAAUGAGAGGGAAAAAAUUCAAAACCUCUAUGACAAAAACUUUUUGAAAAUGAAACGAACCCGUACAACGAAGCAUACGAAGAUUGAAGAAGCUUUGUUAAAGUGGUUUAAAUAUCAAAGGACAAAUAAUGUGCCAAUAAAUGGACCAAUUCUUCAACAAAAAGCAAACGAUUUUGUUCAACGUUUUGGUGAAGUUUUUGUUUGCUCGUCUAGUUGGAUUCAACGUUUCCGGACUCGGCACGGCAUUGUCGGCGGGAAAAUGAGUGGUGAAGCUGCCAGUGUUCCACGUUAUGCGAAGAAACCAGACGACAUUUUUCACGCGGACGAAACCGGACUUUUUUACAAUAUGACACCAGACAGGACUUUAAAGUUCAAAGGAGAUAAUUGUUCGGGAGGAAAAAUGUCCAAGACGAGACUAACGAUCAUGGUUGCAGCAAAUAUGACAGGGUCCUGUAGAAAGAAGCUUUUAGUUAUUGGGAAAUCUAAGAAACCAAGAUGCUUUAAAUCAGUACGCUCACUGCCGGUAACGUAUGAAAACAAUGUGAAAUCAUGGAUGACAUCGGAAAUCUUUGAAAGAUGGUUGCGAGACUGGGACGCCGAAUUAAAAGCAAACAAUAAGAAAGUUCUACUUUUGGUUGAUAAUUGUCCUGCUCAUCCAGCUGUUACUAAUCUAAAAUUCAUUAAACUUGUGUUCUUACCACCAAAUGUUACAUAUGUAUUGCAACCUAUGGACCAAGGUGUAUUAAGAUGUUUAAAAUCUCAUUAUAGAAGAAUGCAAGUGUUAAAGUUAAUACAAAACCUUGACAGUAAUAAUCAGAACAGCUUUACGGUUAUUGAUGCCAUCUUGAUGAUAUCAGAAGCAUGGGAUAAAGUUUUACAGAAAACUAUAGCUAACUGCUUUAGACAUGCAGGUUUUAAAGAUAACAGUAACCUCAGAUUACGUGACUGACGAUGACGAAGAGGACAACAUUUCUUUGUUCCAAUUAGCCCAAAAUUUAUGACCUGCUUUAUCUACUACUGAAGCAGACGAGUUCCUUGAUGUAGGUAGGUCUAUUGCGACUUGUGCACCGGCUACGGAAGAUGAUAUUGUACGAGAAGUUCGAGAAGUUCAAGAAGAAAAUGACGAACAGGACGACUCUGAAGAACAAUUUACAGUGCCAACUUUAAAUGAUGAUCUCAAUGCUGUUAGUGUAUUACGCAAAAUUGUUCUUUUUUAUGAACAGUUUCACGUGCAGGGAAAUUAUAAAGAUACGCUGAUUAAACUCCAACGUGAAUUACAAAAUGUAUAUACAAGACAGAAGUGUUCCAAACAAACAAAAAAUACAGAUUUUAUGC